AUGUUGUGAAGUGAAUUACGCUUCGUCUCAAUCACCUGCUUGAUUUGGCUGACGAGUCAGUCAUUGAAGAAAUGUGUUGCGGUUUUGGACAACUUUGAGUGUGUGGCUGAUUAUAUUAAGUGCUUCACGUGUGGAUUGCGACAACCAGUGUGACUUCUCUUUGACGUGUAUAUGCACAAACAUAUAUAUCGUCUGCUUUUGGAUUCAAUACCAAAGUGAACUGUAUCGUCUGCUACCCACAAAUGAAGGAAGGGACGAUUACAGGAGGCAGAAUUUGAUUAGGAUUUGACAGAAAAAAGCCCUCGGGUGUUCUACAUAAUCAACAUCAACAAAACUCGAGCAGACGACAUUCAGACAAUCACACGGUCACACCCGAUCAAGUUCGCUGGCUCCACAUCUGAUGGAAUGUGAAUUGAUGAAGAUAAAGACCUAAUAUUACAUGUCUCCUACGUGGACCGACUUUGAUGGAUAAACACAUGGUACCGAAGUGACUGACAGAGUAUUGUACCCCAUCGAAACUGUGUCAAGAUUAUUAUCUACCUCCAAAUAUCAAUGCCCACUUUAAACACAGGACGGUCAAUCUAGAUGUCCAAGAGAACUGACGAGAUGGGGUAUCGCAAGCACAGGUUAAUUUACCUAGCUCUUCUCUUUACAGGGGUGUUGCUGCCCGGGGGUGGGGCGCGGUCCUACCACGUGUACAGCGAGGACUGGCGGGAGAGGGAGUGUGGGAGAGUUCUCAACCGGGUACAGCACGACCACCUGGAGAACUUUGCCCCUAAUCUGGUCGGAGAGUGGACAUCAUACAGAUGUGAAAUUCGUUCGGGACCCGAAUACCUUCUCAGGAAAUACAAAUUCAGUGAAAAUACGUUUGAAGUUCAUCAAUACUAUUACAACGACCCCGACUGCAACGAUCCCAGAUACGCCAUCGUGGCCCACGGGACAUAUCGACAGCUCCGGCAAUCAUGGCUGGUACCGGGCGGGACAGAAUCCGAGUACCAAGUUAUCAAAGCUCACGUGAUUCCAUAUUCACCUGAUAUUGUCAAAAGUCUGCAGGUGGAUUUUAACCGAUCGUGCAAGGUUUUAGGGACGGUGAAACUGGAAACGUUUGAAAAACAACUCUUUAUGAGCAUCCCUCUGGAAAAGCCCGGAGAAGGUCCAGAGAAGACGCUAGCGAAGGAUAUCGAUUGUUCCCAUUUAUUAAACUUUACCUUAUCGGAGCUGCAGCUGAUGAGGGUGGAAAUUAAGAAACACAAGACUUCUCAUAGCCGUGGUUUGCAUGACAAUGACUUGGACCAAGGGCGGGAGUCUGGUGACGUCAAGCACCACGUGAGGAAGAUACACGAUCUGCUUCUUGGAAGUGUCCAUACUAACAGGAAGUUACGUCAUCGUCAUCGUCCCUCGAGCUUCCAGAUUGCGUUGAGAAAUUCCGAGACACAAGGAUGUAGCGUCUGCGCCCGGAUAGCCAACUCCAACGACUACUACCCCCCAGAACUCCAUACCCACCCAGGGACCAUCCUCAGCCUUGAGGGGGAUUGGGUCAGUACAAGAUGCGAGUCCAGACAACAAGGAAUGUUCCUGACAAGAUGGCUGACCUUCCUCCCAGACGGGCGGUCAUGGCAAGGGAUUUACGACUUCUUCAAGGACUCGUCAUGCUCUGAGCCGACCUUCACCUUGACCGCUAAAGGAAAUUACGUUGGAGGUGACGUUUCUUCCAUAAUUCCUCAUUCAAAGGACUACAGCUUCAAGGUCACUCGUCUCAAGGUCACACCCAAAAGUGGCCAGAUCGUGGGUCACCUCAAUCACUAUCAGGGCGGGAAGUGCGGUACCGAUAGAUCAUGGGUGGUGGGCGUGGAGCAAGAUGUAACCUUCACGAACGGAUGCGUGACCUUGGGAAUACAGCUCCCGAAUAUCGAACAAGAGAUUCUCAAAAUGGAGGUCGUUCACCGUCAGCUUCAUCUUCUUGUGGGGUCAAGGUUCACGGACGCCCCCACAACGAGGUUCAGGGAUAAGAGACCGACGUCAUUCCAGGAGCCUCUUGUGAAGUGUGAUCGCUUUCACAGUGACAUUCACAUCAACUCUAUCUACGAGGGUCGGGCACUACCUCUCAGUGCGCCGCUCGUCUCUCAAAGCCUCGAAUCCUCAAGCUGGGUAGCAUGCCCCACUGUCCUCCUUAUUCUACUAGUAACACUCUUACAGAUGUAACGGCCCUGUAAGUUUCCCUUAGGAUCUAUACAAUGGUCUCAGCCCUCAUGUUUAACCAAACAACAAGUCUUCGAUCUUAUCUUAUCAUGUUAACAUUUAACAGUGUUUGACCCUAAUCAAUCGUAUCUAGCAUUUAAGCAAAUGGGCGUUGUACACUAAAUAUAGAUUCAAUUGAAAGCUGUUGAAUUCAGUACCUGUAAAUCAAGUGAUAUUGUCACACCUGGGACAGGUAGAAACUAACAAAUAGAAGUAUCUUCUCCGUAUGGUGAUAUAUACAUAAAGAAAAAAUAUAAUUUCUACUUGUCCUAUUGAUAACCUAUCCGUAUGUUUUUUUUUUGGUUACAAAAUGGCCAGUAAUGCAGUUCGAUGUCUUAUUGGUUUUUUUGUGUGUAAUUCAUCUGUACCAAUUCCAUGAAACCAUGGAGAUGAAAUUGCUACAAUUGAUAAAGGAACUCUUUCGAUGGAUAAUAUUUCAUAAUUAAUAAUGUUUCAAAAUGCUGAUUUAAUGACGGUCUGCUCCAAGCACUCAGGGUAAACUACAUACGUAGAUUAGCUUUACAGAUAUACUUUGAAACAUUGUACAUACUUUAUAUGGUUAUGAUGAACUAUUGUCGAUUUCACCAAUCGUUGUGUUCAGUCCCUAGAUCCUAGUGCUGGUACAUAUUGCUGUCAAUCAAUGUCAGUGUCUAUUAUACAUGUAUAUAACGCAUAUCACUUUGUCUAUGUUGCCCUACAGUUUUUGAUGUCAUCAAUUACGGCUCUUGUCGAGUCAUUAGAUUAUAUUGUGGUUGUUAGCAAUCUAUAUAGACUUGCUGAAAGUCUCAAAUAAUUGGUCUUCUGUGAAACACCAUUUAUCCGAACUCUACCGUUCCUGGUUAAAUCCGGGCAUUUCCUUUCUCGUUUAUCCAGUUAUCACAUCUCCAUUUUACUCUUGAUCUUAAUAGAAUGGAGAUAGGUAAAUAAAAUCAUUGGAUAAUCGGGAAUCGGACAUUUCUUGAUUAAAGAGUCACUGGUAAGUGAUGAUAUCAAUUAUAAAUAUAUAACGGUAUUUCCAAAUGUAAUCGUCCGAACAUUUCCGAACUAACUUUUUUCUCUUUUAAUUUCAAACGAAGAGAGAAAUUAUUGUUCAAAUAAAUUUUAGAACAGGUCUCAGAUAGUGGGAUUCAUUCGAUGCUCGUGAAAUUGCAACGCUGUCAGUAUCGUUUUGUGUCAAAACGUGUGAAUAAGGAACCUUCUUCAUUUUUGUAAAACAGUACUUUAUGAAUACCACUCAAAACAACUUAAGGUUCAUAUUUCACACCAUUAUUUCGUAUAUUUGUUGUACAACAUAAUUAUCGAACACCUUGAUGUAUCGUUGUAAUUGCAUAUAAUUGCGUGGAUGAGAUAUUUUUUGUCGUUUCAUUUUGGUUUGAUAUCGUCACAUGCAGCAAGAUGCAAUUGUGAAUAUCUGUAUUUCGUUAUGUAUCGACACACGUGGUACUUCUAUAAUAACCGUGUUUAAUUCACUAGGCUGUGCUUUCUUUAAGGUCGUCCUCUGGAUUUGGUUUCUUGUUUGACGCCGCACUCAGAAAUGUUCCAGCUGUAUGACGUCGGUAUGGAUCGAGUCUGGACCAGACAAUCCAGUGAUUAAUGUCAUGAGCAUCGAUCCACGCAAUUAGGAUCGAUGACAUGCUUAAACCAAGUCAGCGAGCCUGACCACCCGAUCCCGCUAGUCGACUCUUAUUACAAGCAUAGUCGCCUUUUACGGCAAGCAUGGGUUGCUGAAGACCUAUUCUACCCCUGAUCGUCACGGGUCUCGUCCUGUGGAGAAACUACACCAUUGUGUUUGUGUGUCUAUGUUGGCUGAGCGCUGCUUUGAACAUUUCAAUAACGCCUGUCAUGUCAGUUUAGUGUCAGUGGAGAGAAGCCCACAGCGUUAGGUUGUAGACGUUUAUCACAUUAGUGAAACCCACGAGCACAGACAUGGUGCCUAGAGACCAAGAAUCAUGAUUGGGUUCAAUCCUGGGAUUCAAACUCACUACUAGCAGAUUAGACCCUUUUCACAAAUUCACCGUAUACAUUGAUACCUAACUUUCUUAAUAGUUAUAAUAGUAAUAUUUGAUAUAGCAACUUCCUUAGACAUACAAUACACUUUAUGAUCCGAUUUUCAAUACUAAACCAAAAUGAUAUUUUACAAUUUAGCUUUAAGUGAGAACGUAGUGCAGUGUACCAUUUGAAAUAUUAUGUUGUUUUCAGAUUCAUAAUGUCAUCUUUGAAAUUUGCCACCAUUCAUCCUCGUUCAUUCCCAUGUGUUAUUUAUUGUGUACAUUGUGUAGAACAUCCGCUAAACACAUCUCAGGUCGCCAUGGCAACGUUAUUGUUUGUGACGUCAUACCGAAUCUUGUACAGUGUAACAUCGUGUUUUACAGUGUAUGUACCAUUGAAUGACUUACAGAUGUAAAUAUUAGUUACACAUGCAUGUAAAAAUUAUGACACUGAAAUGAAUAAAGAAUGGUUACCAACUGCG